UCAACCGUCACUUACGCACGCACACACACACUCACUUUAACGUUAAUAUUAACAAAGAGAAGUGUUGUCUCUCUCUCUUUCUCUUUGGUCGGUUAUCUCGAGGCAGGUUGGAGUCAGCAGCGGAGUAGGAUCAGGAAAGAUUUGAUAAUCCAUGUUCGUCAAGAAGCUGGUGGAGAAGGCUUCCAAGAAGCCUGGAGGAAAUUCUGAUGGUUUGAAAGCUAGUGAUGUUGAUCCUCAUAUGGUAUUUCAUUAUGGGAUCCCAUUGGGUUGUUGCAUGCUUGCUUAUGAUUCCAUUCAAAAGAUACUUGCAAUAUCUACUAUGGAUGGCAGAAUUAAGCUCUUUGGAAGAGAUAACUCUCAAACUUUACUUGAAUCUGAUGACAUGGUGCCAAGCAAGUUUAUGGAGGUCAUCCAGAACCAAGGCAUCCUUGUAAAUGUAAAUUAUAAGAACCAUAUCGAGGUUUGGGACUUGGACAAGAAGCUCUUAUCUCAUGUACAUGUCUUUAAAGAAGAAAUUACUUCUUUCACAGUUAUGCAAUGCGGUCCCUACAUGUAUGUUGGAGAUUCUGUUGGCAACAUUAAGGUUCUGAAAAUUGACCAAGAACUAUGCCAUGUUGUACAAAUGAAAUACACUAUACCUUUCUCAGCUUCUCAUGGAAAUCCAACAGAAGUUGCAGCUGAUAGAGCUGUUAUCUCCAUAAUGCCUCAACCAACAGCUGAAAGCAAAAGAAUUCUUAUAAUAUUUAAGGACGGCUUCAUCACUUUGUGGGAAAUUCGAGAAAGCAAAGCUAUUUUGGUUGCAGGUGGAAUUAUGUUCCAAUCAGUACAUAAUGAAGCAAAACAUGUGACUUCUGCAUGCUGGGUAUGCCCUUUUGGUAGUAAGGUUGCUGUUGGUUACAACAAUGGAGAAAUUCUCAUAUGGAGCGUUCCUACCUCAAAGCUAAAAAAUGAACCAGCAUCCGAAAUUAGCAUUCAAAAUGCUCCCAUAUGUAAACUCAUUCUUGGAUUUAGAUCAGAAAAGAUUCCGAUAUCGUCUUUAAAAUGGGCUUAUGCCGAUGGGAAAGCCACUCGACUAUAUGUCAUGGGUGCCUCUGAUGUAGCCUCCACAAGCCUUUUGCAGGUAGUCUUAUUGAACGAGCAUACUGAAUCCCGAACAAUUAAGCUUGGGCUACAUUUGUCUGAGCCUUGUGUGGACAUGGUGAUCACUUCAAGCACUACUGAGCAAAGUAAACUUAAACAAGAUUUUCUCCUUCUGGUUGGCAAAUCGGGAAACAUAUAUAUGUAUGAUGAUUGCUCAAUUGAAAAGUAUCUUCUGCAAUACCAAUCAAGGUCCCCACCCUCCCUCCCCAAGGAGGUAAUGUUGAAGAUGCCAUUUGCAGAUUCAAACAUUACAGUAGCAAAACUCAUCACUGACAACCCUUACGCGUCAAGUUCAGAUGAGGAUUACAUUCUACUUGCCAAGGAUAUUCCAUCACUUGUUCCCUUGGAGACAAAGUCAAAAGACGGAGGUCACUCAAACUCAUACCAAUUUAGUGGAUUCGGAAAGGUCAAGAACCUGUACAUAACCGGACACAGUGACGGAGCCAUCAAUUUUUGGGAUUUAUCAUGCCCCUUUCCUAUACCGAUUCUAUCACUAAAGCAACAGAGUGAGGAUGAUUUUUCUUUGAGUGGUAUAGCACUGACUGCGCUGUAUUUUGAUGGAAACUCACGGAUUCUAAUUUCUGGUGAUCAAAGUGGAACGGUUCGAAUCUUUAAGCUUAAGCCAGAGCCGUACACAGCAGAAAACAGUUUCAUCUCUUUCCAAGGUAUAGUUAAGCAUAUCAUUAUACUAGAAGAUUUUUAA